UCACAGAUAAGAACACAAAAAAACACACACACACACACACAUCUUCAAUCAAAACCUCCAUUUCAAUGGCAUCCUCAUCUUUAUUCAACUUUUUAUCAAUUUUCACACCAUUUAAACCACAACCCCAAUUACCCAAAUUACCACCGACCCAUAUCUCUGUUUCCUCUGACCCAUCUUCUUCAAAACAACAAGAAGAAAAAAAGACUUUGACACCACUGAUUUCAACUUCAAAUUGUUGUCCAAAUAAUAAUGAAUUGAUGUCAGUUGUCUGUCCAUCGUUGGCGUAUGCGAAUACUCUGUACUUUAAUUCUGCUUACAAUGUGCAGGUAAUAGUUGAGGAUAAUGAGCCUGAAGAAAAACUGUUGGGCAGGUUUCGUAGGGAAGUUAUGAAAGCUGGUGUUAUUCAAGAGUGUAAGCGUCGUCGGUAUUUUGAGAAUAAACAAGAAGAAAAGAAAAGAAAACAUCGUGAAGCUGCUAAACGUAACAGAAGGAGACGCACCCCAUUCAGAAACCCAAAUGAAGAUAAGGUGGAAGGCGUGAACAAGAAGAGGGAAGACGAUGAUGACAACUGGGAUAUGCCUAGUGACAGCCCUCUAAACUAAGUCUGGGCAUCUUCCUUUUUGUCUGAACGAGCGCUUUUGUUUCCAGCAAACCUGUCCCUUGUGAAAUGUGUUAUGAUCCUAUAAUGUAAGGCGUAUAUUGGAUGUCUAGAAAUUAAUACUCUUGGAUGGUAUUAUUUGAUUUAGUGUAUUACUUCUAGUUAAUGAGAUAAAUACAUAACAUGUACUAUGUUGUAUGUUCCAGAAACCGAUGAAAUUAUGGUACAUAGUAUGUUGUAUAUCUUGGUAA